UGACACCCCGUGUAACCUCGUUAUUACAGACAGCACCAUGCCCCCAUCCAUACAUGACAUGCGUUGCUUCAGAGGAUUUGUCUUUCUUUUUUUUGAAUUAAGGAUUUGUCUUUCUUGUCUGAUAAAUGCAAUGCAAUGUGACAGCAAUCGGAUCCUUGUUGCCAUUUCCAAUCCAACGGGGAUUCCAUUCGUUGCAAUUGUGAUUGUGAUUGGAGGUCGGGCAACAUGAUCUGUCAUGGGUUCCUCAAUUGCAUCUGGAGAUGAGUUCAGUUGCAAUGCAAGCCCUUCUCAAUUCCUUCCCAUCCUCGGCACCGGCUGCGGCUGCGGCUGCGGGGGCGCCGCUUCCGCCGCCGUCCGUCGGACUGGUGGCUCGCAUUGUUAUUAUUAUUCUGGGACUCGCUGACCCUUUUUUUUUCUAGGGUUUAAAAAAUGGAAAUGAGGAGGAGGAGAGCGUUCGUUGUCGCCGCCGAGCCGCUCCGUGCCGUGCUCAGAUCCGCCGAUGCCGGGCCUCCUCUCCACCUCGUCCAGCCUCCUGUGGCGCCGUCUCGGCCGCCGCAGCGCCGCAUUCGCCCUCGCGCUCCUCGCCGCCGCCCUCCUCUUCACCUUCUUCCGCUAUGCCGCGGGACGCACUGUGCUUGGAUGGGACGCCGCCGGGCUACCACUUCCUGCCAGGAUUCGGAGACGGAUCCCACAGCUGGCUCCUUCACUUGGAGGGCGGGAGCUGGUGCCGCAACUUCAAAUCCUGCGCUCGGCGUAAGAAAACAAAUCUCGGUUCCUCUGCCCACAUGGAUACUCGCGUCGAAUUCGUCGGCAUCCUCAGUGACGAUGAAUCUCAGAAUCCAGAUUUUUACAACUGGAACAAAGUCAAAAUAAGAUACUGUGAUGGUGCAUCAUUCUCUGGACAUGUCCAGGAUGAAGUCAAGAAUGGCACGGGUUUCUUCUUCAGAGGCCAGCGUAUCUGGGAAGCAGUCAUGGCCGACCUUCUGUUAAAGGGCCUAUCCAGGGCUAGACAGGCUUUUCUUACUGGAUGCUCGGCUGGUGGCCUCUCUACAUACAUUCACUGUGAUGAUUUCCGAGCACUUCUACCAAAGACACCUACUGUCAAGUGCCUCGCUGAUGGUGGAACUUUUCUUGAUGUAGAAGAUAUUGCUGGAAGAAGGUAUAUGCGGGCUUUCUAUAACGAUGUUGCUCGGCUGCAGGAUGUGCGUAAAAAGUUCCCUCAUUGCAGUCCAGAUAUGGAGCCAGGGCAGUGCUUCUUCCCGCGGGAAGUUGCAAAAAGCAUCACCACACCGAUGUUUAUACUCAAUCCGGCAUAUGAUGUUUGGCAGGUAGAGCAUGUCUUGUCCCCAGAAGGUUCUGACCCUCAAAAUUUAUGGCGAAAUUGCAGAAUGGAUAUUACCAAGUGUAGCUCAAAACAGCUGGAAAUUCUCCAAGGUUUUAGGAAAGCACUGCUUGAUGCUAUAAAUGAAUUCAAGAAUAGAAGAGACUGGGGUAUGUUCAUCGACUCGUGCUUUAUACACUGCCAGUCGAUGAAAGCUAUUACUUGGCACUCCCCAUCAGCUGCUAGAAUCAACAACAAGACGGCCGCUGAAGCGGUGGGUGAUUGGUUCUUUGAUCGGAGGGAGGUGAAGGAAAUAGAUUGUGAAUAUCCCUGCAACCCGACAUGCUACAAUGCGGUUCUUGAUGAGCCCUACCCGGAAGACUGACUGUCUUUGAGAGUUUUGGCGAUUUGUUAAGCGCGAUCGAUUCUCCAUGAAUUGAUAUCUGUUGAGUUGAAUGUGAUCAGAAUUCAGACUUGUACCUGAGACCUGUUAAAAUAUGAGAACAUUAAUAUAGAUACAACCAAUGGAUCAGUAUGAGUAA